AUGAAUAUCACUCCCGUCGUGCGAUUAGCUUCCGAUCGAGUAAACAUUCCACUCAUCAGCGAUGAUGGCCAAAAUCAACGCCUGUUCACACCCGGCGAGGUCGUGACAAGACAACAAGGAUUUAUGCGUGGCCAUGGAACAUACAUGGAGGACGAUGCAUUAAAAUCCUCCGUUGCCGGUGUGAUGGUGCAGGUCAACAAACUGAUCACCGUAAAAGCCCUCAAGGGUCGAUACGUUGGUGAAAUCGGAGACGUGGUAGUAGCCCGCGUAACUGAGGUACAGGAAAAACGCUGGAAGGUAGAUACAAACUCCCGUUUGGAUUCGGUACUGUUGCUGUCCUCGGUCAAUCUACCGGGUGGUGAAUUGCGCCGGCGUGGUGUGGAGGACGAAAAGCAAAUGCGUAAAUAUCUACAGGAGGGCGAUCUGAUCUCAGCAGAGGUGCAAAAUGUCCACUCGGAUGGUGUGCUGUCGUUACAUACGCGAAGCUUGAAAUACGGCAAACUCUCCCAGGGAAUUCUCGUCAAGGUGUUCCCUUCGCUGAUCCAACGGCGCAAAACGCACUUUCACAACUUGCCCUGCGGUGCUUCGAUCAUUCUGGGAAACAAUGGAUUCAUCUGGAUAUAUCCAAUUGCGAACAAUGAAGGAGAAGGAGGAGGUUUCACGCAAAACCUAGAUGAUGUAGUGUCGAAGGAGGACCGCAGAACCAUUGCCCGGUUAAGGAAUUGCAUUCUCGCUCUGGCACACUGCAAGAUGAUGCUUCAUGACACUAGCAUACUGUACGCUUAUGAGGAAUCCUGCAAGUACGAAACUUCCGAACUGCUUCAUCCGGAAUGUAUGGCCGAUGUUGCGUUUCUCACACAGCAUCGUUUGCGAGUAUUGGAACUGUGA